AUGGUACCGAGCUCCCGAGAGGCGCUUUCGUCUCAGACAUAUAAGUCAGCGAGCUCCUACAUGAUGCGUCGAUGGGGAGAAGGAGGAGCGAUGACAAUGUCGACACUCGACGGUGCCGUGCCGCUUGGGCUGGGUAUUACCAAGUUGAGGCUUUGGGAUGAAAUUCAUCGUGCGCACUGCGAUGAGUUUCGACCCCAUCAGGCGCAUCUAACGGACGUUCAGUCACAGAUCGGAGAAGCGGGACGAUGUAAAGUCAUCUUGCCAGCUCGUUCCUCGAGUGCUGCCCCUGCUCGGUCCAGCACCACAGAGGUCGACAGCCAGGGUGUGGUCUUGCCGCCACCACCUGCCAAACCAAGGCCGUCGUUCCGACAUCCGCCGCCGCUGGUCGCACGUCUGAAAGCAAAAGCUCGACGGGCGAGGCGCAAGCAGCACAAAGCCGAGCAUCGGCGCCGACUCUUCCUCUCGCACAUGGUUAAAAUGACCAACCUCGUCCGACGCCUCACGUCUCGCCAUCCUUCACCCUCUCAACUAUCGCGUCAAGGGUCUCUGCACGCACUGUCGCUGCUACCCGAGGCAACAGGCGUCGAUGUGUCGCGUUUCGUCGAUAUCGUCUUUGACACCGACGCGCAGUCAUCCGAGAUCACAGCACCGUCCGAGAUGUCCGAUCAGGAUCUGGCACAUGCCACGCGCGCAGAGAUCGAGACGCGCAUUCGGAUGGCUGGCGCCGACGUCGUGGUGCCAAAGGGCGUCUACCGCUGGAUGGUCGCCAGCGACUUUGCCAAACGCUGGCCCAGCAAGGUGCGCCACGUAAGGGAGAAUCCUUGGAAGGGACUAGAGCAUGUCUGGGGUCUCCCGUCUAGUGGGGGUGGUGGAGAGGGACCAGACCGCGAACCAGUGCGAUGGCAAAGCGGACCAAGAAGCCGAUUUCUUCGACGCAACCACGCGAAAGUACACGAACCCACAGCUGCCCCCGGCCUCGAGACCGAGCCGCAGCAAACAGGUCCUCGGAAGAGUGAAAGCUAA